GCUAUUGCAUGAGUUUGAGAAACAACAUUUGUGAAAGAUUACUUAUAUAUCAAUUUACUCUCUCUAGUUUCUCAUUUGUAAAAGAGAAACAACAAAAUACCAUAAAAGUUGCAAUUGCACCAUCAAGGUUCACUUCAAAGACACAAAGAUGAGUUCUACUAAAAAAGACUCAAAACCAAACCAAGAUGAUUACAAGCUAAAAGACACAAAACCAGAGCUAGGAGAAAAAUGGCCACAUGGAGGACAAAGAGGUGGCACUGGUUGGAUCUACACAGAGAGAGCAACAAGCACCUACGAUCUCGUAGAACAAAUGUUCUAUCUCUACGUUCGUGUUGUUAAAGCCAAAGAGUUACCACCAAACCCUGUCACAGGAAACGUUGACCCUUAUGUUGAAGUCAAAGUUGGCAACUACAAAGGCAAAACAAGACACUUUGAGAAGAAAACAAACCCUGAAUGGAAACAAGUUUUUGCAUUCUCAAAGGAAAAGAUACAAUCUUCAAUCGUUGAAGUUUUUGUUAGAGACAAAGAAAUGGUAGCUAGAGAUGAUUACAUUGGUAAAGUUGAGUUUGACAUGCAUGAAGUUCCAACAAGAGUUCCACCUGAUAGCCCUUUAGCUCCUCAAUGGUAUAGGCUUGAGAAUUUGAGAGGUGAAACAAGAACAAGAGGUGAAGUUAUGUUAGCUGUUUGGAUUGGAACACAAGGUGAUGAAGCUUUUCCUGAGGCUUGGCAUUCAGAUUCUGCUUCUGUUAAAGGUGAAGGUGUUUAUAAUGUAAGAUCAAAGGUUUAUGUUAAUCCUAAACUUUGGUAUUUAAGAGUUAAUGUUAUUGAAGCUCAAGAUGUUGAGUCUCAUGAUAAAAGCCAACCACCCCAAGUUUUUGUUAAAGCUCAAGUUGGUCAACAAGUGCUUAAAACUAAGCUUUGUCCAACAAAAACAACAAAUCCUAUGUGGAAUGAAGAUCUUGUGUUUGUAGCAGCUGAACCAUUUGAAGAACAGCUUGUGUUGACUUUGGAGAAUAAGGCUAGUCCCGGAAAAGACGAGGUUGUGGCCAAGUUAAAGCUUCCGUUGAACGAAUUCGAGAUUCGGAUGGAUCAUCGGCCAGUACAUUCGCGAUGGUUUAACGUGGAGAGGUUCGGAUUCGGUGUUCUUGAAGGCGAUAAAGGGAAUGAACUUAAAUUCUCAAGUAGGAUUCAUUUAAGAGUUUGUCUUGAAGGUGCUUAUCAUGUUCUUGAUGAAUCAACAAUGUAUAUUAGUGAUACAAGACCAACUGCUAGACAAUUAUGGAAGCAACCAAUUGGGAUACUUGAAGUUGGAAUUUUGAGUGCUCAAGGACUUCAAUCUAUGAAAACAAACACUGGAGGAAAAGGGUCAACAGAUUCAUAUUGUGUAGCAAAAUAUGGAAUGAAAUGGGUUAGAACAAGAACAAUCACAGAGAGUUUGAAUCCAAAAUGGAAUGAACAAUACACAUGGGAAGUUCAUGAUCCUUGUACUGUCAUAACUUUUGGUGUUUUUGAUAAUUGUCAUUUAGGUGGAAAUUCUCAACAACCAAGUGGUGCUAAAAUCAAUGAUUCAAGGAUUGGUAAGGUGAGAAUUCGUUUAUCAACUUUAGAAAUGGAUAGAAUCUACACAAAUUCAUAUCCAUUACUUGUUCUAAAACCUUCUGGUUUAAAGAAAAUGGGUGAACUUCAAUUAGCAAUACGUUUCACAUGUCUUUCAUUAGCUCAUAUAAUUUACCUUUAUGGACACCCUUUACUCCCUAAAAUGCAUUACUUGCAUCCAUUCACUGUGAAUCAAUUAGAUAGUUUAAGAUACCAAGCUAUGAACAUUGUAGCAGUGAGACUAGGAAGAGCAGAACCACCUCUUAGAAAAGAAGUUGUUGAAUACAUGCUUGAUGUUGAUUCACACAUAUGGAGUUUAAGAAGAAGCAAAGCAAAUUUCUUUAGAAUAGUUUCACUUUUCUCAGGCUUAAUAUCUAUGAGUAAAUGGCUUGGUGAAGUUCAAAAGUGGAAGAAUCCAGUGACAACAAUUUUAGUUCAUGUUCUAUUUUUCAUCUUGAUAUGUUAUCCAGAAUUGAUCCUACCAACUAUUUUCCUCUACAUGUUUCUCAUUGGAAUAUGGAACUUUAGGAAAAGACAAAGACACCCUCCACAUAUGGAUACAAAAAUUUCAUGGGCUGAAGCAGCACAUGCAGAUGAAUUAGAUGAAGAGUUUGAUACUUUUCCAACUUCUAAAGCACAGGAUGUUGUGAAAAUGAGGUAUGAUAGGCUUAGGAGUGUAGCAGGGAGAAUACAAACUGUGGUUGGUGAUAUUGCAACACAAGGUGAGAGGUUUCAAGGUUUGCUUAGUUGGAGAGACCCAAGAGCAACAUUUUUGUUUGUGAAUUUUUGUCUUGUUACUGCUGUGGGAUUGUAUGUUACACCUUUUAAGAUGGUUAUUUCCAUUGCUGGGAUUUAUUGGCUAAGGCAUCCUAAGUUUAGAAGCAAGUUGCCUUCUGUGCCUAGUAAUUUCUUCAAGAGGUUGCCUUCUUGUGCUGAUAGCAUGCUUUGAAGAUUCAAGUUGGGAUCGCAAUUCCCUACAAUAUCGAGUAUAUGCAGUUUCACACAAUAGUUAAUAUCAACUGUUGAUUUCAGAUUAGACAAUUGAGAUCAUAAAGUCAGUUUUACUUUUGAAACAAUUUCAAAUGUCGAUCUAAAUUAUAUGUUUGAGACUUGUAACUCCGUUACGUAGUUACAAUAGGGAAUCCAAUUCCUAAUUGAUACACAAGAAGAUUUGAUGGAACUUUUUUGUUUGUUUGUUUGUUGUUUUUUUUUUUGGUAUUAGUUAAUUGUGGAUUCUUUACUUUUGGUGGGUACACUACACAUUUAUCAUUGGCUUUUCCUUUGUUAUGAAAUUUUUAAUUAUGAUUAUUGUGUUA